ACACAGAUAUUAAGGAGCUAGAGGAUGUUUUUGGACUUAACGGACAAGUAGAGCAUAAGCUGAACUUCCUCAAAAAGAAUGUAUCAAAAGACAUAAAGCUGGUACUGAUUGCUCAUUCUAUUGGUUGCUACAUCACACUGGAGAUGAUGAAGCGAGCAUCAGAACUUCAGGUUCUUCGCUCUGUGCUGCUGUUUCCGACGAUAGAGCGUAUGGCUCAGUCCCCCCAAGGAAAGCUCAUGACCCCUCUGCUGUGCAAACUCCGUUACGCCCUGUACAUGCCCGUCUACCUGCUGUCCUUCCUGCCAGAGGGAGUCAAAGCCUCCCUGGUGCGCUUUGCUCUGCGGGGAAUGAAGACCUGUGAUGAGUCUUCCGUAACAACCUCCAUAAAUCUCUUCAGCGUGGACUGCAUUG